CCUUCCAGCCGACGAGGAAUUUGACGCUUCCGCUCGUCAUGACAGCCCCGGCCGUCGGCAUCGACCUAGGGACCACCUAUUCAUGCGUCGGAGUAUUCCAGCACGGGAAAGUCGAGAUCAUAGCGAACGAUCAGGGGAAUCGCACCACCCCGAGCUACGUGGCUUUUACGGACACCGAACGGCUGAUCGGGGAUGCGGCGAAGAACCAGGUCGCCAUGAACCCGACUAACACCAUCUUCGAUGCGAAACGAUUAAUCGGGCGACGAUUCGACGAUGCUUCGGUUCAAGCCGAUAUGAAACACUGGCCCUUUAACGUUAUAAAUGACAACACGAAGCCAAAGAUACAAGUGAAUUACAAAGGUGAGAGCAAGUCGUUUUUCCCCGAAGAAAUAUCCUCGAUGGUUCUCACGAAGAUGAAGGAGACCGCCGAAGCCUACCUGGGCAAGACAAUUACAAAUGCGGUGAUCACGGUGCCCGCUUACUUCAACGAUUCUCAACGUCAAGCGACGAAGGAUUCCGGUGCCAUUUCUGGGCUGAAUGUCCUCAGGAUUAUUAAUGAACCGACCGCAGCGGCGAUAGCUUACGGGCUCGACAAGAAAGGACACGGGGAGAGAAAUGUCCUGAUUUUCGAUCUGGGGGGCGGGACGUUCGACGUGUCAAUUCUGACCAUCGAGGACGGGAUAUUCGAGGUCAAGUCCACCGCUGGUGAUACUCACCUGGGUGGCGAGGACUUCGACAGUCGAUUGGUGACACAUUUCGUCCAGGAGUUCAAGCGAAAGUACAAAAAGGACCUCUCGACGAACAAGCGAGCCACGCGCCGGCUGAGGACAGCAUGUGAAAGGGCCAAGAGGACCUUGUCGUCAUCGACGCAAGCCAACCUCGAGAUCGACUCGCUCUUCGACGGUGUGGACUUUUACACCUCCGUAACGCGAGCUCGAUUCGAGGAGCUGUGUCAGGACCUGUUCAAGAGCACCUUGGAACCGGUGGAGAAGUCACUGCGCGACGCGAAGAUGGACAAGGCCAACAUCGACGACAUCGUACUCGUUGGCGGUUCCACAAGGAUUCCGCGAGUGCAGAAACUCCUCCAGGACUUCUUCAACGGCAAGGAGCUGAACAAAUCGAUCAAUCCCGACGAGGCCGUCGCUUACGGAGCUGCUGUCCAGGCCGCCAUAUUACACGGUGACAAGUCCGACUCCGUCCAGGACCUCCUAUUGCUGGACGUCGCCCCGUUAUCCUUGGGCAUAGAAACGGCCGGGGGCGUGAUGACAGCCCUCAUUAAGCGGAACACGACGAUCCCGACUAAGCAAACCCAAACGUUCACCACGUACUCGGACAACCAGUCGAGCGUCCUUAUACAAGUUUACGAAGGGGAGCGAGCGAUGACCAAGGACAAUAACCUCCUCGGGAAGUUUGAGUUGUCGGGGAUUCCGCCGGCUCCCCGAGGCGUCCCUCAGAUCGAGGUAACGUUCGACAUCGACGCUAACGGUAUCCUGAACGUGUCCGCGGUCGAGAAGUCGACCAACAAGGAGAACAAGAUCACAAUCACAAACGACAAGGGUAGAUUAAGCAAGGAGGAUAUCGAGCGCAUGGUUAACGAAGCCGAGAGGUAUCGGAGCGAGGAUGACAAGCAGAAGGACAGGAUAUCGGCGAAGAACAACCUCGAGUCCUACUGCUUCAACAUGAAGAGCACCAUCGAGGACCAGAAGAUCGUAGAGAAAAUAUCCCAGCCCGAAAGAAAGCUGAUAUCCGACAAAUGCACCGAGGUCAUCAAGUGGAUGGACGCCAAUUUGACCGCCGAGAAGGAGGAAUUCGAGGCGAAACUCAAGGAGGUUGAAAAGGUUUGCGGACCCAUCGUCACCAAGCUCUACCAAGCUAGUGGCGCCCCACCUCCUGGAUUCCCCGGACCAGCAACCGGAGGUGGUAGGGAUCCCAACAAUCCCACCAUAGAGGAGGUCGACUAACCGAGGCAUUCGCUACGGUCCGUAACGCAGAGCACCGCGGUUACCGCAGUGCGGAACAACGUUCAACCCACCAACGUGCCUUUCAGCAAUUCAAUUACUUUUAUUUUCAGCAUGCCUGAUCAAUGUGUCGUUCAUUAUUUACGAAUUCUAUUAACGAUACCGCGAUUCGAAGUUCGUUUUUAAAACAUUUGUCGAACCGACUGCUGGUAAUGUUUCAACGGUCGGUAUUCUUACCCAUCGUCGAUAAUGUAGGACGCGGUGUCGUUUCCUGACAAUCAUCGUCCUUUUUUA